ACUACACCACCACGAAAGCUUACUGAUUUUCAUUUGCUAAUUGUUUUUACUAAUUGUUGUUUUCUCAAUUAGGAUAGUUGUUAAAAAACUUCUUAUAAACAUUUUAUCUGUAAAGGGUGAAGUGAACACUAACAAAUAAAACAAUGCUCCGAGCAACUGCAUUUCCGGCACCGAACAAUUCCGUGGCGGUUCUCUCUGGAAACAACACGUGUCCUUAUCUUGAAACCACACGUGUCAUUUAUCCUCGCUCUUCUUUCAUUUCGAGGUUCAACCUCCUACAUUUCCGGCAACUCCACGUCAAGUGUCCCCGCGCCGUACGCGGCGGUGGUGGAUUCGUCCCGGUGGCGAAGAAGCGAGGAAGUGGAAGCGUGAACCUAGUUGAAAUUGAGGGAGAUUUCAACGACGAAACUGACGAGGAUGUUAGUUACGAAUACGAUGAAGAAGACGAAGAGGAGGUUGCUGAUGAUGAGGAUGAGGAUGAGGAUGAAGAAGAGAUAGUUUCGUCUGAUGUGAGGAGAAAAUGGUUUGAGAACAAGCCGAAGGGGUUUGGUGAAGGGAAAGUGUAUGACACUAAAAUCGAAGAUAAGCUGUUUGAAGAAUUGCAGCAAAGUAAACGAGCACAAGCUGCUAAUUUGAAAAGGCUUAAAACAAAUCCUAUCAAAACUGCCUCCAAAAAUGAUGCCCAGAAUAAGAUAGAUGAAAAAGUUGUUCCUAUCCUAAGCCGAGUGCGUUUGGUGAAUCUACCAAAGAAAAGGAAAAUCGAUAGGGAUUUGAAAUCAGCUUUUCAAGGGAUUCGGGGGAUAACACAAAUAGUCCCUGCUGUUAUUGGAAACAAGAAGACAAGGGAUCCUAUCUGCAAGGGUUUUGCUUUUGUUGAUUUCACGCAUGAAGAAGAUGCAGUUAGGUUUGUAGAGUUAUACACCGGAAAAACUAUUACUUUUGGCAAAAUUCAGAAGCAGAUAAAAUGCGAGUUUGUAAAUGAACAGUCUUCCUCUUCUUCUCUUGAAUUAAGAAAAAAUCACAAGACUGCUCUGCCUCUCUUGCCAUCCUUUGAAGAAGAUUCAAAUGAGGAUUCUAAUAUGGAUGAUUCUGCCCUAGGUACCUGGGAAGAAACCGAUUUAGAAUUAGAUAAUGCAGAUGAGCAACGGGAAAGUGAUGGGGAGAGUGAAGAGUUUGCCACUGCUUUGAAGUUGGAUAGUGAUGACAGAGUAGGAAUGAUAAAUAAUUCGGAAAACAAGUCACUUCCCUCGAAACAGGUUGAUGGAAAGAAGAAAGCACCGGUCAAAGUUGGAAAAAAGAACGCCCCUAAGAAAAAACCAAGUACAAAAGAGAACGCAAAAAAGGUUUUAGAUGUUUCUGGAUCUGCGAAAAGGUUAAAGAUCAAGGAAAAGGCUUCAUUGAGUGACGUUUUCUCCAAGUACGGAUCAAAAACUGCCCUGGCUUCAAAGGAUAAUUAGUAAUUUGUUAGUGACCAGUCUAAACCAUCACCCAGUAUACUAAGAGAUUUUUAGUUAGCCAUGAAAGCCAAUUUUUGUUUAGUGGAAAAUGUAGUAGUGGCUUAGUGCAGUAUUGUUGUACUAUAAAUGGAUGAUCCUGUAUUAUUAAUUGUUAUGAAUAUCAAAACAUUCUAUUUCCA